GUACAAGCGCCUCGGAGUGUGCUGUGGAGCCACUCGCCGAGGAAUCUGGCUCCUCUCGCAUGCCCACGCCAAGCGGUGGGCCUGAUGCAGAGGUGGGAAAAGUCGUGGUUCGAGGUACGUUUCUUCAUGUGGAGGAUGAGGGGAGCCUUCGAGGGCGCUUCCGCGCGCUGCGUAGGCUGAAGACGGAUUCCGCCGUGGCAGGAGUCUUCGAUGAGCUUGAUCCCUAUGAACCUGGUAAGAUCAGCUCCAACACCGCUCGGGAAGAUCUCCCUCAGGCAACUGAGGCAGCUGCAAGUCCUGUGGCUUCCCCUCCGCGCCUGGCGCGGCAGCCGGCAGCCUCUGCGGGGAAGACCACUGUAAUGCUUCGCAACAUCCCAAACAACUACACGCGAGACAUGGUACUGGAACUGCUGGAUGAACACGGCUUCGCAGGAGCUUACAACUUUGUGUACCUUCCGUUCGAUUUCACGCGCGACGCGAACUUGGGCUAUGCCUUUGUCAACCUAGAAAGUUGUGAAGUUGUGGAUGCCUUGUGGAACACCUUCGACGGAUUCUCCAACUGGUCACUGCCGACGGUGAAAGUUUGUCAAGUCUGUUGGAGUGGCCCUCAUCAAGGAUUCCAAGCUCAUGUGGAGCGCUAUAGGAAUAGCCCGGUGAUGCACAAAUUCGUCCCGGAUCAGUACAAGCCAGUCAUCUUCAAGCACGGCGUCCGCAAACCCUUCCCCCGACCCACGAAGAAGAUUCGCGCCCCCCACAUGGCCAUGGGCUACUACUAG